ACAGCUGGAGCGUGCAGCCGGGAAGUCCCUUCGCUCUGUGUUUCCUGCUCCCAGGCUUCGCGCCGCGCCUCCUCUCAGACCCUCGGGCGAGAUGUGGAGGAGCUGCCUCCGGCUGCGGGUUGGGGGUCGCCGCCUCCUGAACCGGCCAGCGGGUGGCCCAACCGCCUCCGUUGGGCUGGGGUCUACCAUCCUGUCCCAGACCCGGACUUACGCGCCCCCGACAGAAAGGAAGAGGUUUUAUCAGAAUGUCAGCAUCACACAGGGUGAAGGUGGCUUUGAGAUAAACCUGGACCACAGGAAGCUGAAAACUCCCCAAGCCAAGCUCUUUACCGUGCCUAGUGAGGCCCUGGCCAUUGCAGUGGCCACCGAAUGGGACUCCCAGCAGGAUACCAUCAAGUACUACACCAUGCACCUGACCACAUUGUGCAACACAUCCUUGGAUAACCCAACCCAGCGAAGCAAAGAUCAGCUGAUUCGGGCAGCUGUGAAGUUUCUGGACACUGACACCAUCUGCUACAGGGUGGAAGAGCCAGAGACAUUAGUGGAACUGCAAAAGAAUGAGUGGGAUCCAAUCAUAGGAUGGGCUGAGCAAAGAUACAAUGUGGAGAUUGGCUCCUCCACCAGCAUAAUGGGUCCCAGCAUCCCGGCCAGGACUCGGGAGGUGCUUCUCAGCCACCUGGCAUCUUAUAACAUGUGGGCCCUACAAGGGAUUGAGUUUGUAGUGACCCAGCUCAAGUCCAUGGUGCUGACCUUGGCCCUGAUUGACCUGCACCUGACAGUGGAGCAGGCCGUGCUGCUGUCACGCCUGGAGGAGGAAUACCAG